AGAGACAGCAGGAUGCUCGAGUCCUCAACUCUCCAUCCUUCACCUCUCUAUCUCUGUUCGCUCCACCAACCUCUUCCUCUCUUCUUCUGACACCUCUGUUUUUUUAUUUUUUAGCAAAAGUCAAACUUUAAUGGGGUUGUCUUGGCCAGCCAACAGGUGUGCGUGGAUCACUUUUCUCAACAAAGUGUCUCUCACUGCAGCACUCUUUCAUUCCAAGGAAAGGAUUUCUCGUCCAUUCGGAAGAUUAUGGAUUAUGUGAAAUGAUCAAAGCAUCUCUGAUUUACCAUUUUUACUCACGCCAUAUUGGAGGAUGACAAGAAUAAGAAGACACAGAGGAAGACAGGCGAUGCAGGUCGUGAGGUGACAGAACAGCUGCAACAUCAGCAGCAUGAUAGGAUGACACCAAGUCCCACUGAGCAAAAACAGGCCUCUUCCCUAUGAAGAUCAUGGACAAUCAUGGACAUUGUUUGACCCUUUAACCUAGAGAGAGAGAAAAACAACAUGCCUUUGCACGUAAUAGAAUGACAGACAUUACUGGACUUUAUGGCCGUCUGUGUCAUCCAAUGGAGAAUUUUAACUUCAUUUAACCUGAAUGAGGUUGUUAUGAUAAUGGCAGGAGCUCCACACAUCUUCCACUGCUGUGUGGAACUCAAUCUUUCUCAGGCUCAAUUCAGUAAAGAAACUAAAGAAGGAAGACGCUGAAAUACUAGUCAUACUUUGUACCCUCUGGACUGAACUUCAUGAAGUUUGUGGAUGAGAUAUGUGCACAUUUGAAAUGGAAAUAGAGUCAUAAAUAUGGAUUUGGAUUGAGCCAACAUGAGCAGUCUGCCAGCAUAAGAGAAGGCAGAGGUGUUGCUGACCAUGGUGCUGAAGCUGAGACUGUCAGCAGUGAAGGAGCUGUCCACAGUUCUGAAACGAUGGAUCACAAGCUUGUUUUGGGACUACUAUGGAGAGAAGAUAGCGCCCUCAGCAGCAGCACAGUGUUUUUGGGAAUUGUGGUGGUCCAAGAUAUUCACUGAUUCAAAGUUGGUGCUGCGUCUGCUGGGUCCCUGCCCCUCUCCUGACUCCCUGAUAAAGACAGACACAGUGAAUGGACAAAUCCAGAACUUAUUGUGCAAACGAGUGGUGCUAAAGUUCCCACUCUGGAUGCAGAGAACAAUCCUCCAACUGGAAACGGAACAAACCACCUCCUCUCUCCCUCUGUGUUAGGGUGACUGUGAUUCUGUUCGCUACAAAGGCCUUCAUACAUCAUCCAUGCAGUGGAUGACAAAUACUGCCUUAAAGUCCAGCUGGAAUUAUACUGUUUGUUUUUUGCUACAUUAUCUGUAAAUCACAUGUCCUGUGUGCAUCAUUUUUAACCAUAUUUUGUUAAAGCAGUAACAGCAGUGGUCUAUCAUGGACAGAUACAUGCUACAAAAAGCCUUUCAACAACAACAACCUUCAUGGCUUCAUGUUUAAGUUUAUUUCACUUACAGACAUGAACACACACCUUGUUCUGCACCUUAGCUUGUUGAACAAGCCACCAAACAUGGCCAAUUGGCUGCAGCACAUAAACAUAUAAAUGAUCACGUUGGUGGUUUACAUGCUAGCGUGAGCCUUACUCUUCAGCAUCACUGCUAACAACACACUGUUUGUUUGCUUUUUCUCUUGUUCCACUUCCAGCCUGCCAGCUGCUGUCAGUCAAACAGACACGCUUUUGAGAGGAAAGGAUUUUUUUAUUAAAUUAAGAGGACAUUGACAUUGUUUUUGACUGCAAAAUGGGAUGCAUGAAUAUCAUUUCAGUUGGAAAUUUCAUUUCAAAUUUCACUUGCUCAUGCUCAACUUGGUCUUUUUAAAAUAUGUUUAAUGAAGGGUUUACAUGUCUGAACUUGAUGCUAUUUAAAUCAGAGCACUUGUGUAACUGGAUAUUAUUUUUCUGCGUUAUUGUCUUAAUCAUUUUGUAAUUGUACUUUUGAUAUGCAACAAGCUUUAAUUUUGCUUUUUUCAUCCUGUAACACUUCAUGGUUGGUCACAACUGUCCAAACAAAACCACAACUACAAUGGUUUGUCUUUAGUAAACUGCCUGAGUGUGUGCUACGAGGCCAGAUUAAUGGGUUAGUGAGGUAUGCACACCUAACCUGCUCCAGAGGUUAUGUUCAGAGUUUCAGAUUUAAAUCGGCUGUAAAAAGCGCCGCACUUUUCACUAAUUCUUUCUUUCUUCUGAUCAUAUUCUCUAAGUGAUUGUCAGCUGAGAAAGAUGUUAUAUUCGCAAACUUUUUGCGCCAUACAUUAGUAAUGCCACUGAAUUAAGCUGUAUAAUUACAGUUUAACAAACUUUAUGUAAUAUGUUGCCAUAGGAACUUACAUGCAGUCAUUUGGUGAUGCAGAGAAUAUUUUCCCCUGGUUGCUUCAGUUGAUAUUAACACUUCUGCCUUAUUUAUGGUGGUAUGAGCCUAAAAUAAAGUGAUUUUGCUGUGAUUUAAUGUCGAUAAAAGGAUGCCAAAAUAACUACAAUAUGAUGGCAAUUUGUAAAAAGUCUGAAUCCAUACUUUGUUACAUCUGUGCGUGUUUUAAAAUGCUUGUUUUCUGAACUGAGUUCGGAUAGUAAAGUAAGAUACAUAUUUUCAGCAACCACCAGGUAGUCUACUUCCCCUCUUUUCUCAGAGCAAUCUCCUGUUUUGCCCGGUCUCUAUAUAAAUAUAAAGCUCGGAGGGGGGGGUCCUCCCUGGUAAUCCACUUUUUAAUCCCAAAGUUUAAAAAAAUAAGCUCUCCUCUUGCCAAACGUCUCAAGAUCAGAGCAGGAUCCGGUGGGACUACGGGUGUUUAUUCCUCCAGAAGCUCCGGCUCUCUUCUGCAGAGCGCCUCAGGCUCAAGCGGCUGUCUGUGGGCCAGCAGCAGCUCUGGCUCUCCACCCCUUCAGGGGCAAGUGUAUUGACUGUGUGUAAUCUACUCGCUCAAAUAUUUUUAUUUGCCUUGGUGGGAACGGAGCAUUACACAGUAUAUCAUCCAUUCACAUAAUGAAGGCACAGCAAGUACAGACCAUGUUGGUAUAUCGAUAUUUAUCACAGGUAAUAUAAUAUCAAUAAAAUUCAUUUUACUAUUGGUCAAAAACUAAAGUGAUCUUGUAUAUCCUUCCUCCUUAUGGGACAGUGUUAGAACUAAAUGCAUUUCUUGAGUUUGAUGUUUAAACACUUUAUCAAGUUUAACAGCUCUACAAUGUGCAGUUGUCAUGUUAGAAACGGCAGGCAUUAAGAGUGCACUGAGUGGGAAAUAUAAAUAUAUUAACUCCAGAAUUUACUAAAUUAGCAGUUUUCUGCCAGCAUCCUCUCUUCACUUAUUUGUAGUAGUAACACUGCUGCUUUUUGAUAUCAUUUUUUUAUAUUCUUCAUCUCUCUGUUAUAAUGACCUGUUCCUCUUGCCUGAAGUAGGCGGCAUGCGAUUGGUCCAUUUUGCGCAGAAGAAGAGUCAAAUGAUGCACCAAAUCCUCUUUUAUGGGAAUGUGCACAGAGCCUGAUGAAGAGUACCCCGUUGUGACACUAUUGUCUCUGACUGGGAUUUUAGGUUCUGUCAGGCCAGCUAAGACUAUGUCAAACUAGCUUUGCAGUACACCUUCUCGCGGUGAAAAUUCAGAACUAGAUUCAGCUCAUUUGAAUCUAUCUGAGAGGCCCUUCACCACGCACACACCACGAAACAAAGCCAACAGAGCUGAUGAUGGUAACUAUUUCUGUUCACUUUCACACAAGCAUCAACUCUCAAAGGUCAACAUCUUCUAGAUAGUAUUGUAAAUGAAACCAUCCAAAUGUCCCUAAAAGAAUUAUUGACUGUCAGUUGAAUCACUUAGAAAAUACCUCAGAGUUCAUUAAUAGUCCCUGUAUGGUUUGCCAUGAAAUCAAUACAUGAAUAGACGCUACAUAAAACAAAACCACGUGUGGUCACUGACAAGAUAUCAUUACUUGGUCAAUGCGAAAUAUUUCUGUCAAUUCACUGAUUUGAUUUCCACCUCUGAGACCCACUCUGCUGGAUUUUCUUGAUGCUGUAAAUUCUGCAUUUCAGAGAUACAAUGUGCUUGUCUCUGUGUGUCCGUGUGUUUCAGUGCUGGAUGCAAAAAGGCAGAAAGAGGAGAUUGUCACAGUGAGCGCAAAACAGAUCAUACAAGCCACUUAACAGCACUAUAGCCAACUGGUACAAGGGAGCGAGAGGAAAAUCCAGCCAUGCCAGCGUGCCAAUAUAGUUUACCAGCUCGCUGAGAGGCGGGCAGCACCUGACAGAUGCCACUUGGGAGCAUAAUCCCAGAGGGCUGAAAAGAUCCUCCACAUGACGGGAAGCCAGUGAAGCAGGAGGAGACUGGAAUACCAAACAACAAAAUGCAAUGUGAAUUCGAAUUAGGAUUUAAAAGGAAAUAUCUAUCCAUCAUAUCUAUCUCUUCCUUUUUCACUGUGUAUUAGUUGGUUGACAAAAUAAUAUUAUUCUGAUGAUGAAUUGAUGUUUUGAGUCACUUCUUUAGACCAUUGGCUGGUUUGAGACACUCAAAAAAAAUUGUGACAAAAUAUUCAAAAUAAUUAUUUGUGACAGCCCUAAUAAAAUAUUAUUAUUAUUAUUAUUAUUAUUAUUAUUAUUAUUGGCAGUAGUAGUGGUAAUAGACUUAACAAUUUAAAUACAUUUCAGUUCAACCAGGUAUUGUUAGUUUUCAAACAGCAGUGGGUUCUCAAUAAAUGAAUCUCUCUCUUUUGCCCAGCAGAAUUGUCCUUUAUUCUUAUUAUAAGACCAGAAGAAUGUAAGUAAACCCGGGCCUAUAGCAGCUGGUUUAGGGUGGCAGCAUUACACUUCAUUACUUUAUUAAAAUGUGAGCAUUAAAACCCUCUGAUAUUUCUAACAUGUACAACAGGAUUACAGUCAUUUUAGUAUGGGGGUUAAAUCUCUCCCGCGUUCUCUCAUGCUGUCCACACAGCUUUGGUGAAACAAACAAAAGGGGCGCUUUGAAUGGCACGUGCUCCAGGCGUCAGUCACCUGUUUCCUAGCAACUGGCAAAACAGAAAAGCACCUGUGGCUCUGAAUAGGAGGCUGUGUAGCCCUUAGUUUGACAAAACCCAGGGAGAAAUUAAAAAUAUAUAUAGGCCUUUUAGUUAUUAUUAUAAGCUAUAUAGGUCAUAUUUGAUAAAAUAGUAAUAAGUCCCAUUAAAAUAAUUAAAUCUCAAAAUCAGAUCCUAUAUGGUAUCUAAUUUAGAAAGACAUGAUUACUUCAGAGCCCAUGCUAAUGAGCUUAAUGUGCUCCUUCUGUAUUUUCAGUUAUUGAGCUCCUAACGCAGCUGUAAAAGUACAAGAUUUAUGUGAAUAUCAAUGAAAAUACUAAUAUUGUUUACCUAGUUCUGUACUUUUUGUACUUGUUGUGAUGGUGACGAUGAUGGGCUUAUUAAGGCUAUGAUGAAUCAUUUGGCUAUUUUAAAUGGCCACCAUGUUUACUUUAUUUUGAUUUUCAUUAAAUGUGUCCUUGCUGUAACACAGGCUUCUUGUUGCAGCAAUUUCCCUUAUUGUUAAACUUUUAUUUGCUGUAAAAUGUUUAAGAAUAGAACAAAAAAAGCGAAGUGCUAAAUGCUGUAUAGGCUGCCUAAAGCGGAAUUGUGGGAAUUAAACUGAUUACAUGUUGUGUGUUUUUUAGCUACACACACAAAACAGAUGACAGAGGGAGUAAUUUUUAGGUCUCGCGCUCCGACGUCACCAGAACCUCGAGCCCCUGCAUGCAAAUCACGUCUGCGCUCGAGCCUCUCCAUUGGCCGUCUCUCGCUCAUUUAGCUGCUGUCAGAGCGCGCGGCCCAGGCACGCUCCGGUAACUUUUCCCAGUACAGCUUCACCAAAGUAUCUCCAUCAACCGGUUUCUAUUCUUCUCGGCGCUCGCGGAUGACAGGAAAAGGGCAAAAAGGGGAAGUUCGUAGCAAGUUUACCUCUGAGUGGAUUUCAUCCUGAGACUACAGCACCUUUCCGUCUCUCUCUCUGCUUCUUCCACUCUUCAUCUGUCUCUUCCUCGGAGGUUUAGCUGCGCGCGGGCCAGCCUGAAUGUUUCUGUGUGUUUGACUGAGAAGUGUUGUCCUACCAAGACGAGGUGAAUGUACAGCAUCAUGAUGGAAACGGACUUGCAUUCCCCCGUGGUGCCCCAGACCAACCCAUCCAACCCGGGGGGACACGCGGGAGGAGGAGGCGGGGGGGCCGGCGGAAAAGUCCCCCAGGACAGAAUCAAGAGACCCAUGAACGCUUUCAUGGUCUGGUCCCGGGGCCAGCGGAGGAAAAUGGCACAGGAGAACCCCAAGAUGCACAACUCGGAGAUCAGCAAGCGGCUGGGCGCUGAGUGGAAGGUGAUGACCGAGGCGGAGAAGAGACCGUUCAUCGACGAGGCGAAGCGGCUCCGGGCCAUGCACAUGAAGGAACACCCGGACUACAAGUACCGGCCGCGGAGGAAGACCAAGACGCUGCUGAAGAAGGACAAGUACUCGCUGGCCGGCGGACUCCUCGGCUCCUCUGCGGGUGUGGGGAUGGGUGGCGGGCAGCGACUGGAGAGUCCUGGAGGGGGCCACGUAGGGGCAAAUGCGGGCUACGCCGCGCACGUCAACGGCUGGGCAAACGGCACGUACUCGGGCCAGGUGGCGGCUGCGGCGGCGGCGGCUCAUGCGAUGAUGCAGGAGGCGCAGCUGGCGUACACGCAACACCCGGGCACCGGAGCUCACCCGCACCACCCGCACCCGCACCAUCACCCGCAUCACCACCCGCACAACCCGCAGCCCGUGCACAGGUACGACAUGAGCGCCUUAUCUUACAGCCCCAUCUCAAACUCUCAGAGCUACAUGAGCGCCUCUCCGCCGGGCUACGGCGGGAUCACCGGCUACACUCACCAGCACCAAAGCUCCGGUGUCUCCCCGGUGUCCGGGUCGAUCGGAGGGACUUUGGGGUCCCUUGUGAAAUCUGAGCCUAGCGUGAGCCCCCCGGUUUCCACCGCGCGCGCACCGCCACCGUGCCCUACGGGGGACCUGCGGGACAUGAUCAGCAUGUAUCUGCCGACCGGCGAGGCGGCGGGAGACUCCAGCGUUCAUAGCAGACUGCAUGUGCUCCACCCGCAGCACUACCAGAGCAGCGGCUCCACUCCGGUAAACGGGACGGUCCCUCUGACUCAUAUUUAAAUCUUUAAAUGUACUAUAAGCACUACAACACCACAACCAAAUAUUUAAAAACUAGAUGUGGGCGCAGGCUGCUGAAUUGUAAAUUAUAGGCGGUUAUAGCCAUAAAAAUGCAAUCACUUUGAACAAACUUUUUUAUUGUUAUUUUUAUUUUCUUUCAGUGAUGGAUUUCUGUCUGUCCGAGCUAAAGGAAAGCGCAUCCGAUUUACUUUUGCUCUCUGGAACAGAGCAUGCCAAGUUUUGACACGAUUUAAAUUAUAAUCCGUGAAGGCUGGUGCAUUUUGAAGGUUAUUUUUUUCCGACUUUUCUGUGGAAUUAAAAGGCACCAGCUGUGUGUUUGAGGGACCCUUAAAACCUGUUUAAAGAGGGAAGCGUAUAAUAAAUGGAGGGCGGUGUGGAAGAUGUGUUAAAAUAAAGUUUCUAGGCUGCAAUUUAAAUUGAUUUCCAGUUUUAAUGCUUGUAAACAUGUGAGUCAGUCGGUGUAAUUUGAAUUUGUUUUUGUUGUUGUAAAAUCUUGUACAUUGUGAAUAAAUAGGCCUACUGAAAACGCUUUAA